AUGUUUUUCCCGUGCUCCUCUCGGACAGCCGCCCAACACGCCGUCGCCGCUAUAGCAACGGUAGCUAGCGGCGGGGAAAGAGUGGCGAUAGGCCAUGUCUGGUCCAACUGAUGAGACUGCAGGAGACCUGCCUGUGAAAGAUAUAGGUCUAAACCUCUUUGGAAUGGGAGGGUUACAAGAAACUUCAACAACGCGGACAAUGAAGUCUCGCCAGGCAGUUUCACGUGUCGGUCGUGAAGAACUGGAAGACAGAUUUUUGCGUUUGCAUGAUGAGAACAUUUUACUUAAACAGCAUGCCCGCAAGCAAGAGGAUAAAAUUAAAAGAAUGGCCACCAAGUUAAUACGGCUAGUUAAUGACAAGAAAAGAUAUGAGCGGGUUGGUGGCGGCCCCAAGCGGCUGGGACGAGAUGUGGAAAUGGAAGAAAUGAUUGAGCGGCUGCAAGAGAAAGUUCAUGAGCUUGAAAGACAAAAUGAAGUCCUCAAAAAUAGACUAAUUUCAGCCAAACAGCAACUUCAAAUCCAGGGUUCUAGGCAAACUCCGUACAAUUAUGUGCAUUCUCGCAUUAAUACUGGCCGCAGAAAAGCAAAUGAAAAUGCGGGCUUACAAGAAUGCCCCAAGAAAGGUAUAAGAUUCCAAGAUGUAGAUGUAGCAGAAACUCUACAGCCCAUGCUUACAAAAUAUGGCAACAGUUUACUUGAAGAAGCCAGAGGAGAAAUAAGAAAUUUAGAAAAUGUUAUCCAGUCACAGAGAGGCCAGAUAGAAGAGUUAGAGCAUUUGGCUGAGAUUCUGAAAACUCAGUUGAGGAGAAAAGAAAAUGAAAUUGAGUUAUCUCUUCUUCAGCUUCGAGAACAGCAAGCUACAGAUCAAAGGUCAAAUAUUCGGGACAAUGUAGAAAUGAUUAAGCUUCAUAAACAACUAGUGGAGAAAAGCAAUGCUCUUUCAGUAAUGGAAGGAAAAUUUAUUCAGCUUCAAGAGAAGCAAAAAGCUCUUAGGAUCAGCCACGAUGCCUUGAUGGCAAAUGGAGAUGAGCUAAAUAGGCAACUUAAAGAGCAGCGUUUAAAAUGCUGCAGUCUUGAGAAACAAUUGCAUUCCAUGAGAUUUUCUGAAAGAAGAAUAGAAGAGCUACAGGAUAGAAUUAAUGACUUAGAAAAGGAACGGGAACUUUUAAAGGAAAACUAUGAAAAACUUUAUAACAGUGCCUUCAGUGCUGCCCAUGAAGAGCAAUGGAAGUUAAAGGAACAGCAGCUGAAAGUACAGAUUGCUCAGCUUGAGACUGCCUUAAAAUCUGAUCUAACAGACAAAAGUGAAAUCCUUGACAGAUUAAAAACUGAAAGAGACCAAAAUGAGAAACUCACUCAAGAGAGUAGAGAACUACAGUUACAGUAUCUGGAACAAAAGCAACAACUUGAUGAACUAAAAAACCACAUGAAGUUUUACAACCAGGAGAGUGCUAUAAAUGCUGAUGAACUGAGUGAAGCUCUCCUGCUUAUAAAGGCUCAAAAAGAACAAAAAAAUGGAGACCUUUCCUUUUUAGAGAAAGUAGACGGUAAAAUUGAUAAAGAUCUAGAACGCUCCAUGAGAGAACUGCAAGCAGCUCAUGCAGAAACAGUGCAAGAACUUGAAAAGACAAGAAACAUGCUAAUUAUGCAACAUAAAAUUAAUAAAGAUUAUCAGAUGGAGGUUGAAGCAGUGACCCAUAAGAUGGAAAAUUUGCAACAAGAUUAUGAACUGAAAGUGGAACAGUAUGUUCAUCUUCUUGAUAUCAGGGCUGCCCGCAUCCAGAAACUUGAAGCCCAAUUAAAAGAUAUUGCCUAUGGCACCAAGCAGUACAAAUUUAAACCAGAAAUCAUGCCAGAUGACUCUGUUGAUGAAUUUGAUGAAACCAUCCACAUAGAACGAGGUGAAAAUCUGUUUGAGAUCCAUAUCAACAAAGUAACCUUUUCUUCUGAAGUUCUACAGGCAUCUGGAGAUAAAGAGCCUGUCACUUUCUGUACUUAUGCUUUCUAUGAUUUUGAACUACAGACAACCCCCCUAGUACGAGGCCUUCACCCAGAAUAUAACUUCACUUCUCAAUAUCUUGUUCAUGUUAAUGACUUAUUUUUGCAAUAUAUUCAGAAGAAUACUAUCACGCUUGAGGUCCACCAAGCUUAUAGCACAGAUUAUCAAACAAUAGCAGCAUGUCAAUUGAGAUUUCAUGAAAUUCUGGAAAAAAGCGGUCGAAUAUUUUGCACAGCAAGUUUGGUUGGAACUAAAGGAGACAUCCCAAAUUUUGGCACAGUGGAAUACUGGUUCCGAUUAAGAGUUCCCAUGGAGCAGGCAAUCCGACUUUAUCGAGAACGGGAAAAGGCCUUGGGAUAUAUAACAUCAAAUUUUAAGAGGCCAGAGCAAAUGAAAUCCUUAAGUCAGCAAGCACCCAAAACUGCUCAGCUCAGUUCUACAGAUUCCACAGAUGGCAAUUUAAAUGAACUUCACAUUACAAUAAGAUGUUGCAACCACCUGCAGUCACGAGCAAGCCACCUGCAGCCACACCCCUAUGUUGUGUACAAGUUUUUUGACUUUGCAGACCAUGAUACAGCCAUCAUUCCCAGUAGCAACGAUCCACAGUUUGAUGAUUAUAUGUGUUUCCCAGUGCCAAUGAAUAUGGAUUUGGAUCGAUACCUUAAGUCAGAGUCUCUGAGUUUCUAUGUGUUUGAUGAUAGUGAUACCCAGGAAAAUAUUUACAUAGGAAAAGUCAAUGUGCCUCUGAUUUCAUUGGCACAUGACAGGUGUAUCUCAGGAAUUUUUGAGUUAACAGAUCAUCAAAAGCAUCCUGCAGGCACCAUUCAUGUUAUAUUGAAAUGGAAAUUCACUUACCUCCCACCGAGUGGAUCAAUAACAGCUGAAGACUUAGGAAAUCUCAUUCUCAGAGAAGAGCCAGAAGUUAUCGAAAGACUACCUCCAACAUCCUCUGUUAGCACAUUAGUCGCAGCACCAACACCUAAACCAAGAAAACGUGUAACACCUGUAGAUAAGAAGGUGUCUUUUGUGGAUAUCCCACCACAUCAGAGUUCUGAGAGUUCUACUACUGAAGAUAUGAAGGAAAUUUCAUCAGAAGUGGAGCAUACACCAAAAAUAGAAAUUAAUACGCCAUCUGUUUCACAUAUUCCUGAGGUUUCACAAGGAAUCGGUGCAGAUAAGGUAAAAGAGAAUACUGAGAAAGUGCAGCAAGGAAAGGAGAAUGAUGUGUCUUCACUAUCCGAGGGUCAGCUUGCAGAACAAAGCUUGGCUUCUUCUGAAGAUGAAACAGAAAUAACAGAGGAAUUUGAACCAGAAGAUGAAGAGGGCAGAUCAGCUUCUGACAGUGAUGAUUGUAUUAUUCCAGGUCCUAUAUCCAGGAAUAUCAAGCAGCCAUCAGAAAAAAUUCGGAUUGAGAUCAUAGCUCUAAGCCUUAAUGAUUCUCAAGUAACCACGGAUGACACUAUCCAACGGUUGUUUGUUGAGUGCCGAUUCUAUAAUCUUCCUGCCGAAGAGACACCUGUAUCACUUCCAAAACCCAAGAGUGGGCAGUGGGUCUACUAUAACUAUAGCAAUGUGAUCUACGUGGAUAAAGAAAACAAUCAAGCAAAGAGAGACAUCUUAAAAGCUGUACUACAAAGACAAGAGAUGACUAAUAGAAGUGUUCGCUUCACUGUGGUCAGUGACCCUCCAGAGGAUGAGCAGGAUCUGGAGUGUGAGGACGUCGGCAUUGCUCACGUCGACCUCGCUGACAUGUUUCAGGAAGGAAGAGACAUUGUGGAGCAAAAUAUUGAUGUUUUUGACGCACGAGCAGAUGGUGAAGCUAUUGGACAACUCAGGGUAACAGUUGAAGCUCUCCAUGCCCUGCAGUCUGUCUAUGAGCAAUACAGAGAUGACUUGGAGGCUUGAAAGAAACUGCUCCAGAGGCAUUUCAUACUCUUGAGUAAAUGCUCACAUGAAAGCUCCUAGAUGAGAUUUUUAUAAUUACUCUGGUGUAUAUAAUCUAUAAUUCAUGGGAGGCUGGGAGGAGGGAGACCUGGGUUUGAAGUGUUUAAGUUUUGUAUACUUUUUCAUUUGUUUAUUUUUCUAUUCCCUCCUUCCCUUGACUGCCACCCCUCAGGACUUAAGUUCUCCAUAAUGGGCAGCACCUUCUCAAUAAUUUAUACCUAGAUGAUAGUAUGAGAAAAUCUAUUUGCAUUUUCAGCAUUUUCUCAUGAAGAACUGAAAUGCAAUUCCCAUUUUUAUUUUUAAUAAGCAAAAGCAUAAAUCUUAGAAAACCUAUGAAAAAGAAAUACUUUUAUGUUAUCCCUAAUCAUCCCACUAAAUGGAAUGCCUGUGAUUAGCCUCAUUAGGAGUUUUAUACUGUGAAGAUUUUAUUAGAAGCAAUAUAUGAAAAUUACUUGGAUUAAUGUGUUAAUCUUCCUCUUUAAAAUGCUAAUAUCCAUUUUAUGCACAUUAAAGCUCAGUAUGCAUUUUCUUUGAUGCAUGCAGUUUCUAUCAAUUAAAUAUAAAGAAUGAGACUUAGCACCAACUUAUUAAAUUACUGCAAGUUUUUGUUUUUCUUAAAAAUUACAGUUCUUCCUAUUUGUGUUAUUUUUAUGUAUUUGUAUGGUAUAUGGCAUCCAGUGGUAUGUGUGUAAAGAGGAGAUAGACAUAAAUAGAUUGAUAGAUGUGAAAUUUAUACCUUGAAAACUUAGCUUAUGACACAGAAAGAAAUUACUGAAAGUAUGACUCAAAUUCUACUAUACUUAGACAUGAAAGGAGUAUCUUUUUAUCAUUUUUUAAAAAUUUACAUCAAGCCAGUACAAUGCUGGGGUGUAUCUGGAUAACCAGAUCCUCGAAAAGCAGCUCAGAAAGUUAAUUUUCUAGCUUUUACCCAAUCUCACUGAAGGAUUUAAUUGAUAUUUUUAAUGGAGCUGUGAAUCAAUGCUGCAAAGGAAUUGUCUCUAGAGGUCUAGGAUAUAAUGCAUUUCAUUUUUUAAUUUACUUUUUUAUUUGUCGUUUUCUUCAAAGGAUUUUUAUAGGCUGUGGGUUUUCACUGUUUGCAAACAGGCUAUGUUCCUUCUUAAGCAUAUGUAAAGUAUUCAGGAAGAUAAGUAAUUUAUUAAAAUCUACCUAAUUUGCCGUGAUAUAUUAAAUCUCUGCUUCAGUGAUCACAGACCAUUUCAUUUAGAGAAUUAGGCAUUCCCUCUUUGUGUGAUUAAAGCUCUGGAAAAUGA